CACCAUUUCAUUACAACCUUUAUCGCACACACACGCUAUUUGGAGAUUGAUGAAAUAUUUUGAUCAUGCAAGAGUUAUCAACGUUAUCAUAAUAAAUACGAUUCAAUGUUUUUGUUGAUGAUCACUAAAAAGUCAAUAGUUUCUUCAUCAUUGUUUUUUUUGUCAUUGAUGGUGAUGAUACCGAAUUAUCAUCUCCAACAACAACAAUCUUGUAGCGAUGAAUUCCAUAAAGAAUGUCAUUGUGGUUCUCCAGCAAUGCCCCCAUCAACUUCAUUAUUCACUAGAAUCGUAUAUCCAAAUUCUACAAUCAAAGUGGAAUUAUACAACGAAUCCAUUCCAUAUGGUUACGCAAAAUAUCUUCGUGUGUAUUACAAAUGUACAGAUGAUCGUGAUGUUCUUGUUGGUAAUAAUAUGCGCGAAUGUUCCAGAGGAAAUUGGAUUGGAUUAGUGCCUCGAUGUGCAAUUAACAAUUUAAAUCAAACGAAAUUAAGUCACGUGAAAGUCAGUGAUUUUAAAGUCACUGAUACAAUCGGGAAAGAAAAUGAUAAUAAUUUAUUUGGCAAUUUUCCAGAAGACAAACCGAUAAACGUGCUCAUUUAUUAUGACGAAUCUUUGCAAUUGAAUCCAAAUGGAAGUUUUGAAGUGCCGUUGAUCAAUCAACCUCAUGAUUGUUUACGUUGGAGUUUAUCAUCUAAACAAGUUUGGACAAUGAAUUUAGAUAGAAAAACUCUUGUUCAUUAUGUGCGAUUAAAAUUAUAUGGUGAUCACAUUGAAGAUCUUUAUUUAAACCAUGAGAUUGGUAUCGAUCUUUCACUUACAAAUAUUUCAAUUCAAGUAUCAAAUAAUCAAUCUAGACAAAUGGAUUCAUUGCAAUUGGAGAUAAAAUGUGAUGAGACUAUCCCCAAAGAAAGUCAAUUUUCCACUUAUCAUCAAAAAUAUUCAGCCAAUUACCUGGUAUUAGAUUUUCUAUGUGAAAUUGAUGAUAAGGAGAAAUCUUUAUUCGAAUUCCUUUUUGCUGAAGAUUAUGAUAUUGAUGAGCUAUUGAUUGGAGUUAUAGAAGUAAGAUUUGAAAUGUUCAACAUUCUUCAUAUUGAUCAUGGUCAAAAUAUCGAUCUUGAAUUUAAGCAAAAAAUUUUUGUCAUAUCUCUUUGUGAAUUACAUUUAUAUUCAUUCGAGCCUGAUUGUGGAACACCUGAUUUGCCUGUUACAGCCAUUGUCCAACGGGAUUUUAAUUUUAUCGAAGAUAAUGGACAUGUAAGAAAAUCAUAUAAAUAUACAUGUCCUUAUAAUCAAGAGAUAAGAGGAAAUCCAAACAUUGAAUGCGGAUAUUAUGGAAAAUGGAAAGCUGAAUUUCCAACAUGUGACCACAGUAAUCCCUGUAGCUUAUUAAAGAAUCUUACAUUCAUGCCAGGUUAUCUUGUAGAUGUAAAAUAUGAGACCACUAUGAUGAACAAAAAAUAUAAAGAUGUAAUUGUUCCCAAUGGAAAAUUCGCUAAAAUCAUCUGUAUUCGAUUGAAUGAUCGAUCCGAUAGUAUUGAUCAGCAAAUCAUGGACGAUAAAAAUGCAACAUUCAGCAUCAAUCAGGUCGAGAAUAAUAAUUAUACAACACACCAAAAAAUGAUUUCACAGCCACGACGUGAUGUAUCACAAAUCAAAUGCAUCAACGGAAAAUGGAUUGGUAUGGAAUCAGUCGAUUGCAUAAUGCGUAAAUCAAUUUUGGAAGAAAAUCCAAUUUUGAAAAACGUUUCAGGCACAGAAUUGAAUAAAAGUCAAGUCGUUUCUUUACCAGUUCGAAUGAUACAGAUUUUAUUCGUUUUGUUCAUAUUUUUGCUUUUAAUUAUCAUAUGUCUGUUAAUCUACAUGAUCAUUUUUCGUAAACGAAUGACAAAACAAGUAAAAAAACGAAAUUCCAAAGAACCUAAUCAAGACCAUGGUGCCUUCUCGGAAGGCAUGUUUCAGAAUCACGGAAUGUUAGGCAUACCGACUUUCCAUUUUGACUCUGCAACAUAUCGACCCGAUUAUUAUAGUUCCGUUGAAGAUUUUUAUGAAAGGAUAAAUUUGGAAGAAAGAGAUUCACAUCUUUAUCAUACCAUCCCGAAUCCGAAUUAUAACAUACAAAGUCAUUAUAGCGAUUUAAGCAUUUAUCCCAGUUUGUCAAGUAAAUUCUCAAGCAAUUAUCGUCCACCAACGUUAAAUUUAGACUUAGGAGAAGAACGAUACAAUUCGAUUUAUGGUCUAGAAGAAGAUGGUGUAUUCGAUCAACAACAACAACAAGAACCCAUACAACAAGUUACGGGUGUUAAAGAUUUUUUAGAAACCACAAUCAUCAAUGAUGAAGAUACAAGAAAAUGUUCAUCACAAUAUAAUUCAUUAUCUCGAUCAUCUACAGGUUAUUUAAGAAAGAAUUCUAUUUAUGAAACAUAAAUAAAUGAAUGGAAUAUUUUUAAAUUUUGCAAAAUAAAUUUCAUGAUGAUGAUGAUGAAAAUAAACAUG